GAUGGCGCUCCAUGUUCUGUUGUUGACGUCAAUGGCUGCUUAUCAUACGACGACGAUCGAUUUCAGCAGCUCAUGCAUCUCGUUUCCAUUCCAUCCCACUCGUCAUUUUGAAAAUGACGCAGAGGGUGUCAUCUACCUGUAGGAAAUGGUUUACCUGAACUGUAACUCCAUUAAUCAAACAAAUGAAAGAUAUGCACACCAUGACUUGAUGACUUGGAAUACUCCGUAACAAUUCACCAUGAUGGAUAAAUAUUUCUGUCCACGGUUAGUGGACUACAUUUUGAUUGUGGGCAGCCGGCAUCCAAAUAACAAUAACAAUGUAGCCCAAACCCCGGAACUUCUGCGCAGGUAUCCCCUAGAGGAUCAUCAGGAUUUCCCCUUGUCACCUGAUGUCAUCUUUUUCUGCCAGCCCGAAGGAUGCAUCAGUGUGGGACCAAAGCGAAUGAGUCUUAGAGAGACUACAUCUUUUGUGUAUACGCUUACAGAGAAAGAUUCAGGAAAAGUUAGAUACGGAAUUUGUGUGAACUUUUUCAGACCCAUAGAACGGAAGUCCUCAGAUAAAUCAAAGUCUCUGAGUGCAUCCUGGGCAGACGAUAACGGAAAUACAGACCAAGAAAGACGGAAAUCUCCUAAAACCAAGCGAAAACUAAAGACAGCUAAUCGUGUUCGAAACAAUACUUUGACAUCAUUGUGUAUCGUUACCCAUCAUCCUUUCUUCUCAACAUUCCGAGAAUGCUUGUUCAUUCUACGUAAACUUAUAGAUGCUUGCCAUGAUAGGAGUUGUACAAAAAGAAUAGGAGGUUCCAAAGCAAUAUCAAGGGACACAGUGUGGGGGGUGCUGACGGGACAAGGGACCGAUAACCUGACCGGGCUGGUGAUGCAUGAGGUCAAGGAAAUCGAGACAUGGGUGCUAAGACUUCUCAGUGCACCUGUACCAGUUCCUGGAAAAACCAGAGUGGAGGUGCAAGUUUUGCCAAAAGAUCUCCAGGCCCCUCUCCUGUUUGCCCUGCCUGACCACACCCGAUUUUCGCUGAUUGACUUCCCCCUCCAUCUCCCCCUGGAGCUGCUGGGGGUGGAUACCUGUCUGAAGGUGCUCACCGCCAUCAUGCUGGAAUAUAAGGUUGUGAUGCAGUCUCGUGACUACAAUGCCCUCUCCAUGAGCGUGAUGGCCUUUGUCGCCAUGCUCUACCCCUUAGAAUACAUGUUCCCUGUGAUUCCACUGCUGCCAACUUGCAUGUCCUCUGCAGAACAACUGCUUCUAGCCCCAACUCCAUUCAUCAUCGGGGUACCAGCAAGCUUCCUGCCAUACAAGAACAACUUCAAGCUCCCGGAUGAUGUCUGGCUGGUGGAUUUAGACUCCAACAGGAUGACAAUAGGGAGAAAUGAAGAUUUACCUCCCCUUCCUGAACCUGAAGGAACACACCUGAGAAAUCACCUUAAGCAGGCUCUUGCAAGUAUGUCCAUGACUCCUCAACCAAUAAAAAACCUGGAUGCUUUAGCUCAGAAUCCGGAUACCUGGAAACGGCGAGAAAGUUUCUCCUCUCAGACUGGAUUCAAUCCACUUAUAUAUGGAAAUGAUGUGGACUCGGUGGAUGUGGCUACUAGAGUUGCAAUGAUUCGUUUUUUGAAUUCGUCCAAUACCCUGGGUAAUUUCGCUGAGCACACCCGGACCUUACGCCUCUAUCCACGUCCUGUAGUGGCAUUCCAGAUGUACAGCUUUCUUAAAUCCAGACCAGUCCGGACACACUACACAGCCAGGCUCUCCAGAACUCAGGCUGUGGAGUUCUUUGCCGAGUGGAUGCUCAGUCCAAAGAAUGUAGUCUUUCUUCGAGUACAGACGUCAGUGUACGACCCCCUUCUGAUUGGGGACAAACCAAAGUGGUACGCCCAUCAGCUCCAGCCAAUAGAAUUCCGAGUUUAUGAUGAUGGGUCCUCAUUAGGCACAGCUAUUACCUCAUCAUCAAGUAUCUAUAGUGAUGAAAACCCAACAGAUGAGAGUGGGAGUGACAGUGAUGGGGCGGAGAGCACUAGCUCCUCUUACUCUUCCCUCAGCGAUUACGUCACGGAUAUGAUCAACAGUGAAAUAGACGGCGAUACUCCAGAAGUGACAGGAAGUGCAUUUGUUCCUGAGAACCAGGUCCUGGCAGUGGACGAAUCCAAGAUCUACUCUCCCCCGGACAAACUACAGCUCCCAGAGAUGUCCGUCACCACCAGUGACUCCGCCUUCUCCAUGCUAGAGAGCGAUCUCAGCAGCUCAGAGUCAUCUAGCCCCACCUACAGCAAAGACCCCCCGGGUCAGGAGGAGGUCAAUAGGUCACGGGGUCAACCCCCAGUGGAGUUGGUUGGAGAGAAGUUUCGAUAUGAUUCAGGAAAUGUAACCCCCACUCUAAAUGCUUUAACAAGUCGACCAGACAGUGUAGGCUCAAACAACAGUACACCUGAGCUGCCAAAGCGCCCCCCUCUACAGCCCCUGACUCGGAGUCUGAACUCAGCAUUCGAGGCCUAUGAGAAACCUUUGACAACUGGGAAUAGAGGACCAGAAAAUUUAGGACUUCCUAAUUUUAGGAAGGACAAUGGUAGCACCAGAUCAAGUCCAAAUCCAAAGGGAGAGAGGACCUCGACCCCCGACUCUCUGAUGUCCACCUUCAGCCAUUUCAGCAAUGAACUGACAGACAUUGCCCAGUCUGCAAGCACAACCAUGUCAGAAUUUUUCGCUUCAGAUGAUGAAGAGGUGCUUGAGCAAAGAUCAGACCCUGGCUCCACAAGAUCACCACACACCACUCAGCAAAAGUCUGCUAAACCGUUUGCUCCUCUUGGGAACCGUAAGGCCCUGGUUGAAAAGUCAGGACUAGUCAAACAUGCCACCAGCAGGAAACAGAAGGAAACGGGAACCAAGCAAGGGGCUUCAGACAACAAAAGUGCUUCAAACAGUGAGAACCAGCAGUUUCUGAAGGAGGUUGUCAACAGUGUGUUGGAAGGUCAAGGGGUCAGCUGGUUAAAAUUGGGAAGGAUCCGUAAACUGAUGGAGGAUGAAAACUACCGCAAUUUUAUUGUCAGCAGGCUGAACCGCAACCUGGACAAGAAGCUCUCAGAUGACACCCCUCAUCUUGAGGAUGUGACUCUAAACAAGCCUGUAUACAAAGGCAUGCUGACACUGGUGAAGGCCAUCAUCCACGGCCUGGAGCACACCUACCAGAACCACGGCCUCGGAGGCAUGGCCAGUGCCUUCAUGCUGCUGGAGAUCAUCCACACCCACUACUGGAACAAAGAGAACAUUGCAGCAGGCAGCAUACAGAGCAGUGCAGCAUCAGAGGUGUCCUCCCCCCUUGGCAGCCCCGCUAGCUCCAUCAAGAGUGAGGAUUCCCCCCAGCGGUCAGAAACCCAGAGUCUUCAUGAGGAACAGAUGGUCACUUUAGGCUCACAACGUUCAGGGUGGUGGUCAGAACGACCCACUUCUUCCUCUGCAGCCUACCAUUAUUCUGACCUCACGACCUCUAGAAAUGAACCAGGUUCGCCAAUCUUGGUCAAUGGAGAGGAAUUUCAGAAUAUAGAAAUUCAUACCACUUCUGAAAAAAGAAGAGAUCAUCAGAAAAUGGUUUUGAUAGACCAGAACCGAAACACUGCUAAAAUGUCAACAGGGCAUCAGUGUGAUAUAAUAGUGACUAACUCGACAAAUGAGCCCGACUCACCUACUCAACUAGACGUGAUGAGACAGAUGGUCAAGAACAAGGAGAUGAUGACUGACAUUAAUUUUGACAAACGCUGUAGCAUCGAGUCGGAAAUGUCUGAGGCCAGCACCCUGAUCAGUGUCAGCUCGGAGAAUCUCGGGGAGGAGGAAUACAGACGGAGGAAGAGGAUCAACCACCACAGCAUCAGGGGGACCCUGUCUGACAGCGAGAUGGAGAUGUCAGGGGUUGUAAACUACAACAAAAGAAACAAGUCUCCCAGCAACUGGGCCAGUAAGAGCAACCUCAGCACCGGCUAUCGUUAUUAUGAUGGGAAAAUGGUCAACACCUCUCCCAUUCCUCACUCCAGUCUGAGCCCGGAAAACUCUAAACAUUAUUUAUUUGAGGCUUUGAUUGGAAAAGAUCGAAGCCGUCUGUGGGAUCAAAUGCAGUUCUGGGAAGAUGUGUUUUUGGAUGCAGUAGCACAAGAAAGAGAUAUUAUUGGAAUGGACCAGGGGCCUGCAGAGAUGAUUGACAGGUAUGUUUCCUUGGGAGAUUUGGAGAGGAAGCGACUCGAACAUGAUGAGGAUAAGCUGCUGGCCCACAUGUUGUAUAAUAUCACAGCCUUCAUGGUGAUGAUGAGAGUGGCCAAGCCCGAGGUCAGGAAGAAGAUCCGCAGACUGCUGGGCAAGUCCCACAUCGGGCUGGCCUAUAGUGCAGAGGUCAACAAUCUGCUGGAUCAGAUCAGCAACCUGCACGGAAAUGACAUAGAUUUGCGACCAAUGCAGAGUCGAUUCAUGCAGAAACAGUCUUUCACAGUUCACUGGGGAGGUGAUAAUACAGGAGAUAUGUUAUUUAUGGAGGUGUGUGAUGACUGUAUCAUUCUGAGGAGUGUUACUGGGGCGAUCUGUGAUCGGUGGUGGUACGAGAAACUGGUCAACAUGACCUACUGCCCUAAAACCAAAGUCCUGUGUCUGUGGAGAAAACAUGGGGAGAAAGUGCAACUCAACCAGUUUUAUACCAAAAAGUGUCGAGAGCUUUAUUUUUGUGUCAAAGAAUCAAUGGAAAAAGCAGCAGCAAGGAACAAUGGAAAAUUACCAGGUCCAGAACUUGGUGGGGAAUUCCCGGUUCAGGACAUGAAGUCUGGACAAGGGGGUCUGCUUCAGGUGUGCAUGGAAGGGAUUGGAUUACUGUUAGCCAAUAGCAAGUUAUUUAUUGAGCUAGGUCGAAUCAAGAAAUGUUUCACCCAGAAAGGCGGGAUUUUUGUAUUAGAGGAAUUUGAUGCCAAGAAUCGGCAAGUAACACAGCACAAGUUCAAGUCCCGAAUGGCCAAUCAGAUGGCUCUCAUGGUUCAUCGUAUCUUCACUGUGCAGCAUGCCCGCUUAAGAUCCUUGAAAGAAAUUGAAAAUUCCUCCGGCAGCUGAUCAGAUUUGUUACGCUGUCCUCUGUGUAUUUUCCUAUGUUGCUGCCGGGAUGGAACAGCAGCAGCAGCAACGAAGGCAAACAUGACUUACUGCAACAAUUUUGUUUCUGGAACAAUGAUCUGGUGAUCAUGUGUCAAAGAAAAUCAUUUUUUUUUAAAUCUCUAAUCUUACAUGAAAUUAUGAAAUUUUUAAAAAUAUCAUUUUUCUGUACAGAAAAUUUCUGGCCAAAAAUCAGUGCAGCCAUUUUAAUUUGAGGGUAUAACUCUACAUGAAAGCUAAAAAUUAUUGUAUACAAAUUACCUCACUUUGCAAAUUUUACAAGUUGCUCAAAGAAGGAUUUUGACCAUAGCACCAGAAUUUAUAUACAUUUUUCUUUCUCCCUCACAAUAAACACAUCAUCCAUUGUCAGAUGAUUAAAAAAUAUGUACACUAUGUUUGAGAAUAGUAUUUAUUCUGAGUGCUAAAAUGUAAAAAAAAAUAUGUGGAUAUGCCAUUGUAUUAUGUACAAAAGAAACAUUAAUUAUGCUAAAUCCAAGCAUAUAUUAAUUUAUUUUGGUUGCAUAGCUAUUUGCAUUGACUUAACUGUUUGUCAAUGACAUUACAAGCAUACAUGAAAGGAAAUACAUGUAUUAAGAUAGCAAAUAAACAACAAAGCAUGAAAAGAAGUACUUUGGUAUGAGUCUUCCAUUGGAUAAAUGAGAGAGUGUUUUAGUCCAAGGGUACUUUUUAAAUUUUUUUCUUCUGAUCAAUAGAUAUUCUGCAAUCCCAUUUAGUAUUUGUUUCUUGAGUCACAUAUAUUAUCAAUGGCGAUGAAGAUGAACGAAACGCUCAAAUAAAACCUUCAGUCUGUAUUCUACGUAUUACAAAAGUUCUAUCCCUUUUUUUCCCGAGAGAAAAGGGUUAUUUUUGUACUUAUCUUACGAGAGGAGUUUAUUUUUUCACUCUAAAAAGAUAGUAGAUUUUAUUUUUGCCACUGCGUAUUGUCUGUCUUCGUGCUGUUGCUGUUGUUUUCCUGGAUGAUGGAGGACUCGUCAAAUAGACCUAUCAGUCACUGGACCCAUCAAUCUAUGAACCUGUCAAUCUACGGACCUGUCAAUCAAUACUCGGUGGUAGAGGAAACGCCUUCAAAUUGUGAAAGUGAAAGAUAAACUUACGAAUAUUCUGAAUGAAUAUGUCAAUAUCUCCAAAAUAAUUCAACUGUUUAGAAAUGUUUAUUCAUAGAAUAUUUGUUGGAAUCUCAUGCCUCCCCCUUUUCAUUUAGAAUAAAUUAUCUGCGUUGAAAUUUAUUUAUCAGAUAUGUAUAGAAAUUGAUGGUUGUUAAAAUGGUUGUGAUGAUAAAAACAUUUUUAAAUAUAAAACAUUGCAUGGAAAUACACAAAUCUGCACACAAAGACUAGUCUUGGUUUUAUCAAUUGAGAGAAGAAUCUCUGAUGUACUGUAUACAGGAAAAUAUUUGCCCCCAUUUUUUUCCCCGCCUUUUUUGCCAUGGUUGUCAGCAGGUAAAGUCCAAUGCCUUAAAUGAUCUCUCUGGGCAUAUUUAAGAAAGGGCAAAAUUGUUAGCAAGUGAAGAAGGGUGGAAAUUACACAGGGAGAAAAUAUCCCUGUAUACAGUAAAUUUUGGACACUUCUGAUCAGCAAGAUGGUUUCAGAGAGAUUUAAGUUGUAAGAAAACAUUUAUAAAUCAUUGUAUGAAAAUAUAUGGCACAACAAUAUCUAAACGUGUGGAAUCCAAGAUUUUAGCUUUUACAUGACGGGUUCUCCUAAUUAGUGGAAUUCUGUGAAUUUUAUUUACUGAUGUGUGUAUAUGCAAAUUCUAGUUCUUGAUUUUGUGAUAUUAAUUAAAUAUGUUAUGGUGGCAUUAUUAGGCGACUACCUGUAUAUUUGUGAUGAAACGUUUGUGAUUCUGUCUGUGUGGUUCAUGUCUUUAAAUUACAUGUAAGUCAUUUUGUAUGAACUUGAAUGUAUAAUCUCAUGACAAUUACUGUACAAGUACAGGUAGAUCUUAUAAUUAUAGACUGUUUUUUUGUUGUUAUUUUUCCCCUCAAGUACAUUCCAUAGGAAAUCCAAUUGCAAUGCAUUCCAAUUUAUUUGAUUUAAUUUAAAUUCAUUUAUUAUUUUAUACAUGUGUAUACUGGUUGUUCUAUAAAAUCUUAAUACAUUUUUGUUUACAAAUGUUGAAAUCCAUUCCAGAAAUCUCAUGUUUCUAUUCCAGAAAUCUCAUUUUUUGUGUCAAAUUUUUGAAGCAUAGCUUUAUUUAUGUCUUGAUAGUGUUCAGGCCUCAAUGGCCAUUUACCUAUAACAAAAAAUGUCAACACAGAAAUCUUACUCAAAUAUUACCUAUAACAAAAAAUGUCAACACAGAAAUCUUACUCAAAUAUUACUUUAAACAGGAUUGUACUACAAGUUCAAUUAAGUGAUAAAUAAUUUUAUAAUAUAUAUUAAUUCCAAUUACUUAUAGAUAGGUGUGCAUUUGCAUGCACCAGUUUAAGUAAUUAAUGGUUUAUUCAAUUCUUAUUAGAGUUACAAGUACUUAACGUAUGGUCUGCAAUCUUUAAUAUUUAUUUUAAACUUUAAAAGGUACCGUAUAUGAAAUUAUGUGCAAUAUAUCCUUUUUUUUUUAUUUAGGCUAGCCACCACCAAAAUUAAGAUGUAAUUAAAUUAAAUCUUUAUUUUCAUGAUGAUAAUUUUUACUAGCAUAUGUACAUGAAACAAAACUUGUCUUACUAUUUUAAAUAAGCUGUUAAUUAUACCCAAAUAUUCAAUAAGAAAUUUGAUGAUUAAAAAAGAUUUUUUCUUGUUAAUGAAAUACAAUUUUACAACAGUUUGUAUGAUAUAUCACUUAAGUAGGUCUUUUUUCCUAAUUUCAUGAAUAUAAGUAUAUGGCUGCCAAAGCGGUAUAGAAAGAUGAUAUAUGAACAUUAUUGUCUUUAAGUGUUUUUAAAUGGGUAAAAAUUACUAAUAUUGAAGAGAACCUGUAAGUUUUUGUAAUUUACUUCUCUUUUCAUAUGGUACAAACAUUUUCAUACGGUUCAAAUAUGUACCAACAUCAGUUUUAGUGAAAAGGUUGCUUAAGAAAGGGGGUGCAUUAAAUGAACUCUGUAAACCUUCUGUCUACAUUAAUUAUGUAACGGUUGCUUUACGAAAUUGAAUUCGUCUGAGUAGAUAUGUGUUAAUGGCC